UUUAUGAGGCAUGAUUAAUGCAGCUCUAAAGCUCCUUUUGAUUCCUUCAAUAAAGAGGGAUGAGGAGGGAGAGGGAGGAGUGGGAAGUCGACACUGCGACACACUCGCCACGCCACGCACAUCUCUGUCUCUCUCCCUGCCGUGGGCGGCUUCGGUAGGCGUGCUGUUGUCGUCUGAGCACGCCUUACUCCCGCUGUCCGACCUUGCGUGAGCGACGCUCUCAUUCCCUUUUCCGGCCUCGUUCCAGCCAUGGAAUCUGUUGCUGUUCCGCUGUUCUCAUUCCCUUUCUGAUCCCGCACAGUGCGAAGGCGGAAAGAGAGAAAGAAAGGCAAGCAAAAGGAAACAGAGUGCACGGCGAACAGAGCAUAGUAGUGAUCAGAGAGAGAGAGAGAGAGAUCAAAAAGGAGGAGGCCUUUCUUCUCUCCCUGUCAACAAUAUCUCAUUUCGAGGAUUUGGAUGGUUAAUAAUGGUGGUUUCACAUGCGGGUUUAAGAUCUUGUGGCUUGAGGUUGGGGUUCCUGGGAGAUUGAGCAAGCGUUGGUGAGCGGGAAAGCAAAAGGAAGAGCACUCGUCCCUGUUCCGUUUCAGUGCUUUUUUGCCUUGUCGUUUGAGAAGGCUUCUGUUGAUCUGUUGGAGGCCUCAGAAUUCUUCUCGGUUUCUUUGCGUUCUUGUGAUCUUUCUGGAUCUUUUGCUGUUACCGCUCUCGUUAAAGCUCCUCGUUCUUUCUCCCCUGCGGAGGAGGUCGCACAAGGAUAAAAGCGUGAUCUUUUUCAUCUGUUCGGCUUCCUUUCUUGUUCUCCUGGUGGAAAAGAAAAGGCAUGGAGGAAGAAUUUACACGAGGAGAAGGCCGGCCUCGGUUGCUCGACCUCAUUCCCAAUGGGAGAGAGUGGGGCAGCUAUGCCGCUGCGGAGGAGAAAAAGCUGGAACUGCGCCUCGGCCUCCCUGGAGGAGAAGAUUGGUCAGCUGGGCAGGAGAAGAGAGAACACCCGGUCGAGUCUGCUCUGUCUCUGGAUCGCAUCUCCAAGGUCCGCAAGAGCACCAACGUUAAUGCUUCCUCUGGCACCAAAAGAGGCUUCUUGGUUCAAGUCGAACAUAAAACAGAAGCUUUCCAACAGCAGCAGCUGCAGCAGCAACAGCUUGGGUUUCUCCAGCUGCAGGCUAAAGGAAAGGAAUCAUUACAGAAGACAAGUGGGAGCGCAGAGCAGCAGAGCCUCGAGGGGAAGGGGUGUGGUCCUCAUGCGGCACAUACAUCUUCCACCAAGAAUGCCGCAGUAGCACACACCGCCUCUCAAUCACGAGCUGCCGCUACACCUGUUGUUGGUUGGCCUCCUGUUCGAUCAUUCAGAAUGAAUCUUGCUGGCACCGCUAAGGCAUCAGCAGAAUCUCACAAUGGGAGCACAGAGGCUGCAAAAAAGCUCGAGAAUGAUAGGAAGAGCUUGUUUGUGAAAAUUAACAUGGAUGGCAUACCGAUCGGAAGAAAAGUAGACCUGAAGGCCUAUGAUAGCUACGAUAAGCUCUCUUUAGCUGUAGAUGAACUCUUCCGAGGCCUUAUGGCAGCUCAAGCGGAUCCACUUGCUCCUAGUAUACGGAAGAACUCUGAAGAAAAGCAUGUGCUUAUCGGCUUAUUGGAUGGAAGUGGUGAAUACACUCUGGUUUAUGAAGAUGAUGAAGGGGACAGGAUGCUGGUUGGUGAUGUUCCAUGGGACAUGUUUGUUUCCAUGGCCAAGAGGCUGCGUGUGUUGAAGAGCUCCGAUCUUUCUGCAUCAUCUCUGAGAGCAGUCGGCAGGAAAAGAACAAGCAACUCAUGAGAUAAGAAUGGAGCACUCUGUCAUUAAGUCGGUCAUUUGAAUGUUUGUUUCUUUUUGGUUUGUAACCUGAAAGGGAUGGCUUCCUUCCCCUUUUUAUUUUCUUGCAUUAUCCCUGGAAGCUUGGGAUGCUUCCUUACUGCCUAAUUUGCCUUAAUGGGUUUGCAGAAAUAGAGUUGACGGGACAUGAUGUUGAUACAGAUCUAUCUAUCUGUAUACAAUCUGUAAAUCUACAGUCUGAAAUAUUAAUAUCUAGUGCUAAAUCAUAUGAAACCACCAA